AUGCUCAAGGCCUACCAGCCAGUUUCGCUGGCACGCCACCACGCCUUUGCUCUGCCGGAGUACGUUGCGCUCCUAACGCCCCUCGCAAGACUGGCUUGGAACAAUGCGACCUUCAGCUUCGAGGACAACCCGAGGCCAAACAACGACUCUCAUAUCCAUGUUGCGCUCUUCCUAGGUGAUUCAUCGGACGGCGCUGGCCACCAGACUAUCUACCAGACUAUGGAGGUUCGUCGUGCCUAUGUAGAGUCCGUCUUGCGCCAGAAGCCUUUCCUUGCCAACGGCCUCCUAAAUUUCGUCCAGUGUGGCAAGUCCCCGUUGGUUGGGUCUAAACCCUUGGAUGUACUAGGUCCUGUCUUUAAGGGUAGUCUUUUCGAAAACGCUACAGCGUGGCAGCAUGUCGCCGCCGAGGACUACUUUUUCUCCGACGCUGCCUCGGCGUCGAACUUUUUCAAAAAUCUGCCCGAGCUCAGGAACCUACUAUGGGAAGGCUCUUCAGGCUCUUACGCUUUUGCCACAAAGGUUCACCUGGUUUUCAACUGGCUUGACGAACUUUAA